AUGGCGUCGCUGUCCUCCCAGAACCUGGAGGAGAAGCUGGCGUGCUCCAUCUGCCUGGAGCUCUUCUCCAACGCGGUGACCUUGCCCUGCGGCCACACCUUCUGCCACCRAUGCAUCAGCGACCACUGGGACAAGCAGGAGGCCUGCGGGGCCGAGAAGGGCUACAGCUGCCCCGACUGCCGCCGGCACUUCRAGCGGCGCCUGGAGCUGCAGAAGAACGUGACGCUGUGCAGCGUGGUGGAGCUGGCGCAGGCGGGCGCCGAGGGGCUCGAGGCCGCGGGCGCCCAGGGGCGCGAGGCGGCGCAUGGCGGCCUGUGCCCGCGGCACGGGCGCCCGCUGGAGCUCUACUGCGAGGACGAGCAGCGCUGCAUCUGCUGCGCGUGCACCGUGGGGCAGUGCCAGCGGCACCGGCGCGUGCUCUUCGAGGAGGCGCACGCUAACAAGCAGGCCCUUCUGAGGGAAGCCCUGGAGAAAGCCCGUCAGGAGGCAGAGAGGAUCGAGCAGGCCAUGCAGGAGCUGGAGGAGCAAACGCGCAGCAUCAAGGACUCCUCCGAGACGCUGAAGUCGGUGGUUGUGAACAAAUUUGGCUGCCUGGAGAAAGCCCUGGAGGACUGCCAGCGGCAGACGGUGGCCAGGAUCGAGCAAGAGCRGGCAGCGGCGCUGGGGCAAGCGGAGGAGAACUGGAACCACCUGAAGGACUGCCUGGAUGCCCUCAACCACCACAAGCAGAAGUCAGAGGACCUGCUGGCCUGCACCGACAAACGGACCUUCCUUGAGGAGUUUCCCCUGCUCCCUUCUCCAGAGAGCCCUGCGGCAAUGCCUCCCGUGGAGUUCAACGUGGGCAUGGUAGAGCCCCUYGCUGAGAUCCUCACGGACAUCUCCAAGCUCUUGCUAGAAAACUURCCCAGCUCUGUGGCCCCUGCUGACCCUGUGGCCCCCAAAGCUGCUGACCCUGUAGCCCCAGGUCCAGUCCAGCCCGAGGUGCCCGUGGUGGAGAAGGCAGUGGCCACUCUCUCCCAGUGCCAGCUCCGCACUGAGCUUCUGAAGGACCACCGCAACCUGACCUUCGAUGCCGACACGGCCAACAGGUACCUGCGGCUGUCGAGCACAAACCAGAAGGCCAAGCACCUGCGCAGCGCGGAGAGCCCGCGGCAGGAGCACGGCGCUCGCUUCGAGCUGUGGCAGGUGCUGUGCGCCCAGAGCUACAGCCACGGCCACCACUACUGGGAGGUGAAGGUGUCCAGCCACUCUGUCAUCGUGGGGGUGACRUACGGCGGCAUCUCCCGCAAGCAGCAGCCGGGCCACAAGUUCAACAUCGGCCUGGACGGUGGCUCGUGGGGGCUGCAGGUGCGGGAAGACUGUUACCUAGCCUGGCACAAGGGCCGCUCGGAGAAAAUCCAGGAGCGCUUGUACAAGAACCUGGGGGUCAGCCUGGACUAUGGCAACGGGGUCCUCUCCUUCUACGGCCUCGGAGACAAGACGCAGCCCAUCCACACGUUCCACCACAUCUUCACCGAGCCUGUCUACCCCGUCUUCUGGCUGUGCGAAGGGCGAACGAUCACGCUGUGCCAGCGGGACUGAGCCGGGCUCUCCCAGGAGGCGCUGAGGCGGGAGUGGGUGCAGUGAUUUGAGUAMGACAGGGAAGGACUCUGGGUCUGAAUUGUGCAUGGAAACAUCCUGAUGCUGGCACACGCGAGGGCAGGACCAAGAACGCGGUUGCUUCGCCAAGACGCCCUCGCGGAGGGGCUGGAGGCCCCCAGCCUCUCUGAGCUCCCAUGGCUGGUGCCCACGCAGGCAAGAGGGAGGCAGCACCAGUCAGAGAGCAGGCGAUGGGGAGGGUGCAAGAACCUUCCUGCUUCUCCUGGCCCAGGCAUCAGCACCCAUGCCAGGAGCUGUGGGGCAAGGGGAUGCUGAAGAGCUGGGAUGAGGGAAACUCRUAUGAGACCGAUCCUGCUCUGCCUACCUGUCCAGUGCUCACCGUGAGCUGUGCUGCCCUUCGCUUUGUACGUAGCUGCUUCUCACGAGUAAAGUUCUAUUUUCCUACUUGUUUUGACCUCUUCUGGCAGGAGCCAUGGGACCACAAGGCACUGGCAGGGGCAAGCGGAGCCGCCCAGCUCCAGUGCUUGUCCCUACAUGGCCCUGUCGUGCCCGGCUGUGUCCCGGAGAACCAUGACGGGAACCAGCCUCUUCAAGCGGCAAAAAUAGAAAUUCCCUUAGUGGCGGUGCCGGCACGAUAAGGAAACCUGCUUUCCUGCCUCAAGGUUGUGUCGGCGCUGCCCGAAGUCCGCGGCUUCGACUGAAGCUUUUCCAAGGGCGRGCCAGCGGAGCCACAUUUCUCCUGCUGGCACAGCCUCAUCCCCGAGACUGGGAUUCCUCAUGGACCGAAACUGGGCACUCGAUUCAAAGGAGCUGGGAUGAAUCACGGCUGCUUGUUUGC